GUUGAAACCCAGUCCACAAAUUUGACCCUUCGUGCCAAUAAUAUGCAUGCCGGGUUGUAUUAGCUGGGGAGACCAAUGAAGUUCUGCUUCAAUCCCACACCCAAGAGCCGCAGCAAAGGUCUCCUCUGCAGCUGCAGCCCCGUUAGUGGGAUAUAAUCCUAUCCUCUUGAUUGAUUUCGCCGCCUCGGCUAAGUAGUUGCUGUCAGCGAUUCGAUCCAUUUUCAUCCGCGUCCAUCCAGGGUCAUGUCAACCUAUGAACCCAGUCGUUAAAUGUAGCGAUGGAUGACCGAAGCCUGCAUUAUCUCGGUUAAAAAGAAAAAGAUCUCUGCCUUUUUAUUCUUCGUAUCGUGCCGCUUAAACUUUCCCAUUGUUUUCGGCCGCAAACCUUAGAACACAAAAACUCGACCACAUACAUAUUUCGCUUGGUCCUCCCGACGACGCAAGAUGACCUCGUCCCUCUCCCGAGACCUGGAGAAGCUAAACCUGGGCGGCGGUGCACGACCACGACCACCACCCAGCAAGGGCUCGAAGAACCUGCGCCCGCAACGGAAGAAAGGCAAAGCGGCGAUCGAGCCCUUCCGCUUCUUCGACCUCCCCUCGGAGAUCCGGCUGCGCGUCUACCACUACGUGCUGUUCACGCCGAAGCGGCGGCGGACGGUGCGCGCGGCGGGCAGCGUGGGCGCCUCAUCGAAGAAGAACCCGCCGCUGGCCCCGGCGUCGCACCGGAUCGCGCUCUUCCUGGCGUCGCGGCGCCUGCACGACGAGGCGGCCGACUACUUCUACUCGACGCAGGUGUUCCGCCUGUUCCACCUGCAGGACUACUCGAAGAUGCCGACGGUGCGGGCGAUCGCGCCGCAGUACCGGCCCUCCAUCGCCACCAUCGAGCUGAUCCUGGGCUCCAGCUGGACCGACCCCCCGACCGCGUGGCGCGUCACCCCGUCCCUGGGGCUGGAGGAGAUGGUCCGCAUCCGCACCCUGAAGGUGUUCCUGGAGGUCGACCCCUCGCACCCGGUCUUCGAGGGCUUCCGCAUCUCCCGCGACUUCUACACCAACUUCUCCGGCAACAUCCUGCACGAGGUCCUGGCCCGGCUGCCCAACCUCGAGUACGUCGAGUUCGACGCCUGGCCCUCCGUGCGCAAGAGCGGCGGCCUGAUGAAGCGCCUGCUGCACGAGGCGCGCGCGGCGCGGAAGAAGAUCGCCUGGGGCCCCGACCGUGGAUGGACGGAUUACGACGGCGAGGAGUUCGACGAGGACGCUUACGGUCUCAAGGCCCAGGAAGCCAAGGCGGAGGAACACCGGGCACAGCAGCUCGCUCGCUUGAAGGCUAUGAUGCCCGCGGGUUUUAUGCCGGAGACGCUCAUGCCGGAGACGGCUACGGUCGUCGAAUCGUGACGAGAGACGAUUAUCUAUACAUAUACACACACACGCAUAUAUACUGUACGAUAUACGCAGACUCGGGACGAGGCGGAUUGAUGCUGUGGGAUGUGCUCAACAUAUACGGACAUUCUUCGCAUCAUAGAUUAGAUAUUUCUAGAUUGGUUAGCGAUUUCAUGGUUUACGCAUUUAUACGAAUUGAAGUCAUUCUGCAAU